AUGGGGGAUAACAAUGAUGAGAUUGACAUGAAUGAUGUUGUCGUGGCUCAACCCGCCGCCGCUGAUAAAAAUGAAUUGAUUAUGCAGUUGAUGCAACAGAUUGCCGAAAUGAGGGUCGAAAUGCAAAGAAUGCAAGAUUCGCCUAAUCCAAUUUCAUCCUUCAACCCUCCAAGAGAUGGAAGACCUCCACUCCACUUUCCUCCCCCAAGCACGGAACAGGUUCAGAACCUUCUCUCUAAUCCCGCUCAAAAUCCUCCAACCAUUGACUUAACUACCCCCAAUCCCCGUUACGCCACCACAUCGUGUCAAGCACCACAUCAUCCUCACAAUACCAAUCAAAUCCUUCAGCUCAUUCAAAACCAAAAUACGAACAAUGCUCAAAACAAAAAUACCGAUCCUCAAAAUUUCCCCCAAAAUUAUCAAGCCACUCAAAAUGCCCAGAAUCCUUCCAUUGUUCCACCCAUACCUCAGAAGACUACUUUCCAAAUCCCAAUUCCAAAUGAACCUUAUGCCAACUGUUCCGAGCUUGAUCACUAUAAAGAACGGGAGAGAGAGUGGAGGUCAAAAGAAGAGGUAGUCAAGGUGAAUAUGAAAGAAGAGAUCAGGAAAGCCAUGAAGGAGUUGCACUAUAUUUCUGAAGUCGAUGGAUUGAGCUAUAAGGAUUUAUGCAUCCAUUCUAAUCUCGACCUUCCAGAAGGGUUCAAAGUGCCAAAGUUUGUCACUUUUAACGGAACAGGAAAUCCUCUAGCACAUCUGAAAGUUUAUUGUGAUCAACUCGUGGGAGUUGGCAAAAAUGAAGCAUUAUUGAUGCGUCUCUUCAGUCGAAGUCUAAGUGGAGAAGCUUUGGAGUGGCUUACAUCACAAGAGCUGAAACAAUGGAAAAGUUGGAAUGCACUCGCAAAGGAUUUCACGGAAAGAUUUGGACAUAACAUAGAAGAUGCCCCAGAUCGCUACUACUUGGAGAAGAUCAAACAGAAGUCUACAGAAAAUUAUCGAGAGUACGCUCUUCGUUGGAGAAAAGAGGCCGCAAGAGUUCAACCUCCCAUGUCCGAACGUGAGAUCACUGAAAUGUUCAUUCGUACUCAAGAGCCUGAGUACUAUGAAAGAAUGUUGUGUAUGAUGGGACAAAAGUUUGUCGAGAUUGUCAAAGUGGGAGAAGCUUUGGAAGAUGGUUUCAAGACUGGAAAGCUCACCAAAUUUGCCGCAUUGCGAUCUAAUGGAAAAUCUACCAGAAUUACUGAUAUGGAUAAAUCGAAAGGAAAAGUGGAGGAGGUAAGUAUGAUCACGGCUACUCAUAUGAGGUCAGCUUCUCAAAGGAAAUAUCAAAACCAUUAUGUCAUUCAGGAAAAAUUUCCUCGCCCAAAAUUUACGAAGGCUCCUAAUGUAUUUACACAAUUAAGGGAAUCUCAAACUCAACUUUAUGAAAGGUUGAAAGCAAUGGGUAUGCUCUAUCCUAUAGAAGGAAGACCAGCCAAUCCUUUGGAAAAAUUUUACAGAGCUGACCACAGAUGUGCUUAUCACUCAGGAGCCAUUGGACACGACACAGAGAAUUGUUCAACUCUGAAGCACAAGAUACAAAACAUGAUCAACAACAACUUGAUCAACAUUGAGGAAACCACCUGA